AAUGUUUUUAAAUUUAAUUAUUCCAAAAAAGCCUCGCCGUCAAUUUCUUCCCUUAUCCUUGUCCGAAUGGGAUUUACACUGCAGAAAUAAACGGAAAUAUUUAAAAUUAAAUUUGAAAAGAUCAAAAAGUUUGGAAAUUAAUUUACUUAAUGAAGAAGAAAAUUUAAAGAAGAAAAAUAAUUUGAAUAUUAAAUUCAGAAAUAGAGCUAUUACAACAACAACUUCAAAUAAUUAUUUAUUAUUACCCGAAAAAAGAAAUAGAAAACAUUAUCUUUCUGUGGAGGAUAGAAUUAGUAAGGGAGUGAAUUUAAAUGUUAUAACUUGA